GUAGAAUGCGCUGCUAAGCAGCUGCCUGUGUCCCUUCUUAUUGUGCACACACACAUGGCACCGAUGGGAAUCCGUCUGUCUCCGCUGGGGAUCGGGGUCUUCUGUCUGCUGGGGCUUGGGGUUCUCUAUCACGUCUACUCGGGGCUCCUGACAUGGCGCUUGUCGGCCUUCAUGCUGGGGGAUCGGGCCGGCGAGCAAGGCACGGUGGACCUGUGGGAACUGCUGGCGGUGGCGGUACAGGCGGCGGAGCUGGGCGGGGUGGAGGUGAGGACGGUGCGGGAGAGUAACAAGCUGAUUGAGACCUCCAAGGGAAAGACCAGAGAGGGGGCGGACGACAAGAUGACCAGGGGGGACCUGCUCUCCAACCUGAAGAUGGCCAGCCUCAUCAAGAACACCUUCCCCGGGGUGCAGGUGAAUACUGAAGAGCAUCUUGAAGAAGCUGAUGAGUCAAUCAAAUGGAAUAAGCAAAUGCCAGAUGACAUUAAAGACAAAAUCAAGUCUGCAAAAUCAUUUCCCACAGAAAGUAUUACUGUAUGGAUAGAUCCACUGGAUGCAACACACGAGUAUACAGAGAACCUUGUUAACUAUGUUACAACUAUGGUAUGUGUUGCUGUGGAUGGAAAGCCUGUUAUAGGAGUAAUACAUAAACCUUUCACGCAUUAUACUGCAUGGGCAAUGGUAGAAGGAGGUUCAAAUGUGAAGAGACGGGAAUCUUACAAUAAAAAAAGUCCAUCAAUCAUUGUGUCACGGAGCCAUUCUGGUAAAGUCAAAGAAGUGACCCUCCAAACUUUUGGAAAUCAGACUAAGAUUAUAUCAGCUGGAGGAUCAGGCUAUAAAGUUCUCUCUUUGCUUGAUGUGACUGGAAAUGAAAAACAAGAAACAGCUGACGUGUAUAUUCAUGUCACCUAUAUCAAGAAGUGGGACAUUUGUGCCGGAAAUGCUAUACUCAAUGCACUUGGCGGUCAGAUGACUAAUCUUAAAGGAGAAAACAUAAUUUAUACUGGACACGAUGGGAAUGAAGGAGGAUUGCUAGCAAGCAUCGGGGUGGACCACAAUGCACUUGUUGAAAAGUUAGCUUCAAAAAUAUCCGAAUAAAAAAAGAGAGAAAAUCUGAUACAAGAUUAUACACUAUACCUUAAGACUUGAUGCGGGUUUACAGAAACUGGAUUUGGGUCUACGGUUUGACUGUCGGUACAGUUUGGUGUAUCCGAAGCUGAGGAAUUGAGUAUUCUUCUGCUGUAUAAUUCUGAGUUUGUACAGCUCAGAAGCCAAAAUGACCGCACUUGAUUCAAGAGACUGUCUUUUGACUGUUAAAAGUAAUACUGACUUUGGAGAAUGUGUGAUUUAACAAAGUAUUCAUCUAUUCAGAUUCUGCUUUGAAAAUCUCUUGGUGGAAGUUAAAAUCUUAUUUUAAGUAAAACGUUUUUUUUCA